AUGUUUCCUUCUGGCAGAUUUUCUUUUUACUUAAUGCAGUACUUUUCGUUUUUUCUUCAGUUGACGAUGUGUCGACUUCUUCCUUCUUUUCUUCAGGCUUACUUUUAUAAUUGGCUUUUCUUUCUGGUAUUUCCUGGGACAUGUUCUUUUAUAUUAUUUUGUUAUCCCUCCCAUUUUAUUUUUUGUUGUUGUUUUUCCCACUUUUUUAAGUUUAUCUUUUCUUUUUCUGUAUUCCCUACUAUUAUUUCUGUGUCUAAUAUCUAUCUUUCUUUUUCUAUAAACCCUUCGCCCUUUAUUUCUCUGUCUAAUGUGUACCUUUUAUUCUAUAUUCUCUCUCUCUUUAUUUCUCUCUAUCAUUGGGUAUUUUUUCUUUUUUUAUAUUCCCUUUCAUCUUUAUUUCUAUGUCUGAUGUAUUUCUUUCUUUUUCUAUAUUGCCUGUUCUCUUUGUUUAUGUAUCUAUUAUCUAUCUUUCUUUUUCUAUAUACACUUAACUCUUUAUUUCUCUGGCUAAUAUGUACCUUUUAUUCUAUAUUCCCUUCUCUCUUUAUCUCUCUGUCUAACGUCUUUUUUCUAUAUUUCCUUCUCUCUUUAUUUCUGUAUCUAAUGUCCAUUUUUCUUUUUCUAUAUUCCCUUCUGUCUUUAUUUCUCUGUCUAACGUCUUUUUUCUAUAUUUCCUUCUCUCUUUAUUUUUGUAUCUAA